UUCUCUUCCUCCCUUUCUAGUUAGUUAAAGUUAUUUCUUGCAGUUUUGAAUAUUUAAAUUUAAAAAUUAAGUCCAAAUGAUACUAACACUCCCUUUUUGUCAGGAUGUGACUAAAGGAUUCGCUCAGACGUGGAGCAAAGCUGAAGAAGAGGAGGAAGAAGAGGAGGACAGUGUUGAAGAAGAGGAGGUGGAGGAGAAGGAGGAGGAGGAGGAGGAGGUUACGUCUGCUGAGACGGAGGGACUGUCCUCGGGUUUGGACGAGUCGACAGAGAAAAAGACGGUGGAGACUCAGAGGGAGAACACUGACGAGCUGAAGGAGGAAUCUGAAGCUGACGGAGAGCAGAAAGCUGAAAUCACCAAGCAGACCGACACCACUGCUGAAGAAAAGACGGACAAUGGCACCAAACCGGCCAAUGGGACGUCAGACAGCAACGCAAAAAGCAAAUCAGGCUCCAACAAAAAGCUGUCCCUCUUCAGGCGGCUGUCCUCCUCCAGGUCCAAGCAGACCUAUGACAGGGACCAGACCCCAGCAGAGGUCCCUGUCAGCGGGGACGCAGUUGCCCAGGGAGACCCUCGCUCUUCUGCUGCUGCUGCUGGGAGCAGAGAGCCAGAGACGACCAGAGCAGAGCAGCACAGAUCAGAGCUGCUCUCUGGAGCCCGGGGCCCUCGCUCUGGGGCCUGCACCGUGCUCUGAUCCAAACCCUCAGGAGUCCAAACGGUGCGUCCACGCUCGGGGGAUUUCUUACAGCUCCGGGCUGCAGCUUCGCCCAGCUCCUCUGUGCUGUGAAACUACACUGGAACAGGUUUUUUUCUCUGUAAAUACACUCAUGAUGUCGGCCUCAGUCACAGCGUGACGCCACAGAGACAAACUGCAGACUCUCGUCAUUCUGUCCUCAGUUUCUUCACUCGUCCUCCCGCCAGAGACACAAACUGAAAGUCUUGUUUUUUUUGACCUGCAGUGGUUUCACCUCUCACGGUGCUGCAGAUCAGCACCGUGUGCUUUGGUUUUAAAUGACUGUGGAAGCAAACAAGAGACAGAUAUUUUAAUUUGAAA